AUGCAAUUUAACUAUUUUGAAACUAAAUCUUUUUUAUCAAAAUAUUAAACAGAAUUAAAUAUAGAAUUUCAAACAAUAUCUAUUAUGGAGAAGGAAUACAUCCAUUAUUCAUUAAAUUAAUUAUAAUAUAAUUUUAUUUAGAUAAAAAUUUUUAUAAAAUUUAUAAUGAUUUUUAGUUAUAUCAAUAAUGAAAUAUCAUUUGAAAAAAUCAAAAAAAUUUACUAAGAGUUUCCAUUAAAUUAUUCCUCAAAUCUGAAAAGAUUUUGGGAAUUAAAAUAAAGAAUCAUUACAAAAACCUUGGAUAAACAAUAAAUUAUUUAAUAAAGUAAAUUAAUGAAGAUACGAUUAAUCAUUUCGCAAAUCUUGAAUUACUGUAACUUAUAAUUAAACAUUUCAAUGAAGUAAAAUUUAAAGAUUAGUAUAACUUUCUUUAAUUCUAAAUUGAUUUAGUAUACUAAAUUUAAAAGUAGUUGAAUAAUUAGUGAAAGUAGAAACUACUGAUAUUAAGGCUUUACAAAUUAUAAUUAAUAUUGCUAUCAUUAACUUUGAGGAAGUUAAAUAUAAUUUAGAUCUUUGUAAUAAAGGAAUAAAAUUAUUUAAAAGAUAUUUAGUCUAUCCAAAGAGAGUGGUUAGAGAAGCUGUUUAAGAAGAAAUAAAUAAAUUGUGUAUAGUAUUUUGUUAAGGUUUAUGA